AUGGCUGAACGCCUGCAAGACCAUCUUCAAUGUCCCACCUGUCUGGACAUCUUCAAAGAUCCUGUCAUUCUUCCGUGCAGUCACAACUUUUGCCGUGCGUGUCUUCAGCAGUGGAAGGACAAAGGAGAACGAUCGUGUCCACUCUGUAGGACAGAAAUGCGGUCACUGGAGGCCCCUCCGAACCUGGCACUGAGGAAUAUGUGUGAGAACCUUUCACGAUCCCCAGUCAAGUCAGAAGACAUCUGCAGCUUGCAUGAGGAGAAACUUCAACUCUUCUGUUUGGACCACCAGGAGCUUGUGUGCAUCAUCUGCAGAGACGCAGAAAUCCACGUUGGUCACAAGUUCCGGCCCCUCAAAGAAAUUGUGAAAGGUCACCAUGAGGAACUCCUGAAUGGCCUGCAAAAUGCAAAGGAAAGACUCAAAGAGUAUACCGACUGUAGAGAGAACUGCAAUCAACAGGCAGAAUACAUCAUGGUCCAAAAGGAGAAGGUCGAAUGCAAGAUUAAGAAGGAUUUUGAGGAGCUCCGUCGCUUUCUCAACGACGAGGAGGAGGCCAGGUUGGCGGCGGUCAGCGAGGAAGCGAAGAAGAAGAGUCAGACGAUGAAGGAGAAGAUGGCGGCUCUCGGCGAACAAAUGGCCACUCUCUCUGAUGUCAUCAGAAGCACUGAGAAGCAGCUGGCGUCCAGCAAUGUUUCUUUCAUGAAGAAGUUAAAGACUGCAAUGAGCAGGAUCCAAGAGCUCCCCGAUAAACCGGAGCUGUUCCGAGGUAGUCUGUUGGACGAAGCCAAACACAUGGGCAACCUCAAGUUCAAGGUGUGGGAGCGGAUGAAGGAGACGCUCGCCUACAGUCCCGUCAUUCUGGACCCCAACACGGCCAGUUCAAGAAUCAGUCUCUCUGAUAAUCUGACCUGUCUGAGUUUGGAAGAAGUACGGCAGCAGCGUCCAAAGAAUCCAGAGAGCUUCCAGACGUGGCGGUCUGUGCUGGGUGGUGCUUUGGACUCGGGAAGACACGUGUGGGACGUUGAGGUGGGAGACAACAAGGGCUGGGCAGUGGGGGUCACGUGGGGGGACCUUUUUUUACCUCAGGAAAGGGCUCUUUGGUCAAUAGGAUUUCGUGAUGGAGAAUAUGCAAUGCCCGGUUGCAAAUAUGGAAAAUGGAAGCCGCCUGUCAAAGUGAAGAGGAUCCGAGUUGAAGUGGAUUUGGAUGAAAGGUCAUUGUCCUUCUCUGAACCUCUUACAAACACUGAAUUGUGGAACAUUAAGAAGCCUUCCAAAUGGCCAGUCUUGUCUGGUAACACCAAAAUGUAUCCUUACUUUCACUCAAAAAGUAAAAUUCCUCUAAAAAUAAUCCCAAUUCCACCUGGUGUGAUGACUGCUAUCAGUUAA